UCUAGUAAACAUCCGGUGUGCCUUACAGGAUUAGGAAAGCGUGAUUUGCGAACUGUCUAACUGCGCCACGGUCUAAAAACACCGAUGGCAGAGGUUGGAUGGCUUAUUUAGGACCGCGACUGCGACCGUCACGCAUCUUUGUCCCCGUUGUGUCGGCUUUUAGACUCCUCUGCUCGGUCGGUAUGAAUGACAUGGGUCUGGCUAUGAGUCGUUCCGCAUUGGAGCGGCUCGACUUUGACAACGUCGCCCUCAGAAAAUUGCCAUUGGACCCGUCAGAGGAGCCGGGUGUUCGGCAGGUGAAAGGAGCCUGUUUCUCCCGGGUGAAGCCACAGCCGUUGACCAAGCCUCGUUUCGUGGCUGUGUCGCAUGAAGCCCUUGCGCUAGUGGGGUUGCGUGGAGACGAGGUUAUGGACGAUCCGCUGGGACCCGAGUAUCUAAGCGGCUCCAGAGUAAUGCCUGGAUCCGAGCCAGCCGCACACUGCUACUGUGGCCACCAGUUCGGACAGUUCGCCGGGCAACUGGGCGACGGAGCGGCCUGUUACCUGGGAGAGGUGAAGGCGCCACCCGGCCAGGAACCCGAACUCCUGCGGGAGAACCCUAACGGCCGGUGGGAGAUUCAAGUGAAGGGAGCAGGAAUGACUCCUUAUUCCAGACAAGCUGAUGGCCGCAAGGUCUUGCGCUCCAGUAUAAGGGAGUUCCUGUGCAGCGAGGCCAUGUUCUUUCUGGGUGUUCCCACCACAAGAGCAGGCUCAAUAGUGACCUCUGACAGCACGGUUGUACGGGAUGUUUACUAUAGUGGAAAUGCUUGCCAUGAGAAAUGUUCUGUGGUCCUCCGCAUCGCUCCCACCUUUUUCAGGUUUGGAUCCUUUGAAAUCUUCAAGCAGGCAGAUGAGUUCACAGGCCGUCAGGGUCCCAGCUAUGGACGUGAUGAAAUUCGAAGUCAGAUGAUGGAUUAUAUCAUUGAGAUGUUUUACCCAGAGAUCCAGCAGAAUUAUCCUGACCGAGUGGAGAGAAACGUGGCUUUCUUCAGAGAGGUGAUGCUUCGCACAGCUCGACUCGUGGCACAGUGGCAGUGUAUAGGUUUCUGUCAUGGAGUGCUGAACACAGACAACAUGAGCAUCCUGGGACUCACGAUGGACUAUGGUCCAUAUGGCUUCAUGGACAGGUUUGACCCUGAUUUCAUCUGCAAUGCUUCUGAUAACUCCGGCCGUUACUCCUACCAGGCACAGCCGGCUAUCUGCAGGUGGAACCUGGUGAAGCUAGCAGAGGCUCUUGCCCCGGAGCUACCACCAGACCGGGCUGAGAGUGUUUUGGAUGAGUACCUGGAUCUGUAUAAUGGCUUCUACCUUGAUAACAUGAGGAAAAAACUGGGCUUGUUGACAAAGGAGGAGCCUGAGGAUGAAAUGCUGAUCACAGAGUUGCUGCAGACCAUGCACAACACAGGUGCUGACUUCACAAACACCUUCCGCAGCUUGAGUCACAUUUCCUGUCCCUCAGGGGGUGAAAGUGAAGGAGAGACGGAUCUUGUUAAGAAAGCCACAGAGCUCCUGCUUGAGCAGUGUGCCUCCUUAGAGGAGCUAAAGGCUGCUAACAAACCUACGAUGGAUCCACGUGAGCUGGCGAUGCUGCUGUCUAUGGCGCAGAGCAACCCCGCACUGUUCCAGAUGAUUUCAGACAGGAGGACAUUAUCGAAGCAGCUGGACAAACUCAGCAGACUGAAAGAUCUGAUGGAGACCAGCCAGGAAGAGCUGAAAAACAAACAGAGUGAGGAGUGGACCCAGUGGAUCACAUGCUACAGGAAGCGUCUGGCUCGCGAGUUGGAGGGACAGAGUGAUGUGCAGGCUGUGCAGGAGCAGAGGGUGCGGGUAAUGGACAGCACCAACCCUCGUGUCAUACUCAGGAACUACAUUGCCCAGAAUGCAAUAGAAGCUGCUGAGAAUGGAGACUUUUCUGAAGUCCAGCGGGUCCUCAAGGUUCUGGAGAAGCCCUUUUCCUCGCAGCAGGGUCUGGAGCUUCCUGCGUGGAUGGGCAGAGGAGGUGUCUCUGAACAGGGAGAGAGGGAUGAAGGAGAGGAGCAGCAGCAGCAGCAGGCUGCGUCUGUCUCCACAGCCAGAGAUCCCAUUCCUUACGACAGCAAGCCUCCUGCUUGGGCCCAUGAAAUCUGUGUCACAUGAUCUUCGUAAGAACUUUCCUGAUCGUUAGCGCGCCUGCCUAAAAUGAAACAAGUUUAUUUAUCUUAAAGUUCGUCUAAAGAUGAGAGACUCCCCUGCUCAUCCCUUCCUUUCCCAAGUGCAUUAGGGAACUUUGAUGGCCUUUGCAUAGCAGAAAGGAUGCAAACCCUCUCUCUCUCUCCCUCCACUCUUUCACUUGUGCUAUGUAUUGGACUGUUGGUGGGGCUUUGCUUUCUCAUUUGCAUAGUAAGCUUCCACAUCAAAACGCAGACCAGUACAUAGAAGGCUUAUUCUAAGGCUAUGAAAACCAAACUAUUUUUAUUUUAAAACAAAUAUACACUUAUACGAACCUACGUAUGGGUCGUGUAUUAAAUUUUUUGCUAAUAAGCCCUCCUAAUUGUUACACACUGGACCUUUAAAAAUGCUUAUUCCUUACCUUUACUGUUCCUGCUUCCUCUCUCGCUAACUCUGUUUCUUUUUGGCAGGUCAGGCAGCGUCAGGAAAGUUUACACGAGGUGCGACUCACCACAGACUUUUAGCUGCUACAAAGCAAACAGGGUCUGAGUUGAUUUGGGGAGUUUAACGAAAAGUAUAUAUAUCCCUUGGCUUGUUCCCUGUCUGUUCUGUGUUCAGUUGGCUAUUAAUGAUGAACCAGACAACAAGUCCCCACAGUGACCUGUCUGAUUCUGAUGACCUGUGGUGUGUCACCUGUGACAUAAACCAAAUAUUUUUUUUAGCUUUGUUUGUGGAUGACAAGGUUGCACUUCAUCCUUAAAGCCGUAGAAAAUAAACGCACAAUAUUUUCUCCUGUGACAGAACCCACUUUUGUCAUACAAAAACUGUAUAGGCACACAGACACAAAUGACUUUAUCACACUUAUAUACUUUUAUCUAAUGAGUUCAAUGAGCAUUAGUACUGCUGAGUACAAGAAGAAACUUCCCCUAAUUUAAAACCUCAUUAGAGGAAGUUUGUUAUAAAUCAUAUCACAAAUGUGACACUAUGUUGGAAGGGGAAAUCAAAACAUUCAUGACUGUGUUUUCAUCUCUUCCCAAAGCUGUAGUUGGUCAAUUUUGAAUAUAAACGAAUGUUAAUUAUAUUCAAACAAUUGUCAAAUGAAUUCAUACAAUGUUAAGCCUAUCAGCUCCACUUGACUGUGUUUCUCUGCAUAACACUGUGCAAUGUUCAUGUCUGUGGCGACAUUUCCAUGCUGCAGGUGAACAGAGAGAAGCACACAGCACAAGUAGAGAAAUAGCUUCAUACGUGGGUUCUGCUGCUGAAAUAUAAACCUGGAUGUUCAGUAGGACUUCACGGUUGUAUUUUAAUCCCCUUUGCUUCACUAGAUGCCUGCAUUUUCAAUCACAGCUGCCGCUGUUACCUUCGCCACGCAGCUCCAAUUAAGUUGCCAAGAUGCAGUCUGAACAAGUAACGUUACGUUUAAAGACAGAUACACAACACAUAACUUACCUACCACUGUGGAAACACUGUAUUCUCUCUCUGUGUAAGAGAGAGUGGGUGGGGCAGAGCAGAGAAAACAAGGUCAUACACCUCAGGGUGGUAAUUAAUAUGGUAAUUUCUCAGAAAUCAUCCCGGGCCGAUAGAGGUUCUGAACUGGAUCUUUACGCAGCACUGGUUGUAACCUGUAGUGGCCUCAAAGCUAUGUAGUGGCUAGCACUGUACAGAAAAAAAUACUCAGGUAUUUUUCUGUAUGAGUUAGCAUGUGCGUGGGUUUUCUCUGGGUUCUCCAGUUUCCUCCCACCGUCCAAACACUUACAGAGCUUAACUGGACACUCUAAAUUGACCGUAGGUGCGAAUGAUCGAGUGAAUUGUUUAUCUCUGUAUGUUUGGCCUGUGAUGGACUGGUGACCAGUCCAGGGUCCCUUUUCGCCCCAUAGAUAAUGAAUGGAUGAACGAAUAGUUGCUCCCUUUGAACCAGGAUGAAUCUGUUGGCUUGGUAUAUGUCAGGCUUGUAUCAAAAUCAAGCCAUUAAUAUGGACAAGUGACAGAAAUUUAUAUGAAAUGAGUUUGAUUUUUGCUCAGUAAUUAUGAUAAUAAUUACUUACCUAAUGCCCCAAUAAAAUGAGCAGUGAAUACA